AUGUCGGAUUCGGAGAAUGCUGAGCAGGGCCUUCAGACUCGUAAGGAGGAAGAGGAUCCCGUGAUCAAUGGCGGAGACGAAGACAAAGUACCAAGCGAUGAAGAAGAAGGGGAAGACGUGUUCGAUUCAUCGGACGAUGAAGAUGAGGAAGAUGAUGAGGAGGAGGCAAGAACCGUGAAAGAAGGAUUCAUCGUUGACGAUGAAGAUGAGGAUGGCGAAAUAGGUGCAUCCAAUAAGAAAAGAAGAAAACAUAAAAGAAAGCACAGAGAAACGGAAGAGGACGAUAGGCUAUCAGAGGACGAUCUGGAUCUUUUGAUGGAAAAUGCAGGUGUGAAGCGUCCCACUUCUAGUACUUCAGCAGGAAAAUUGAAGAGAUUAAAAAGAGCUGGUGAUCAAGACGAUACACAGCGUGGAGAAUCCGCAACGGAAGCACCAUCUAAGGACGGCUCAGAUUCCCAUCUUCAAGAUUUCUUCUCUGAUGACGAAGAAGAAAAUGAAAAUAAGGGCGACAAGGACGGUUUGAGAACUGAUCGUGAGGAUGAGGAGAUGGACAAUGAAAGGCAUCGUUCCUCCAACAAGAGCGGUAUCCUUGAUGAGCUGGACGACUUCAUUGAGGACGAUGAAUUCUCGGACGAAGACGAAGAGACAAGAUUACAGAGACUCGAGGAAAGAAAGCUUUUAAGGGAGCAAAGGAUGCAGCAACCAGUACAUAUAACGGGCCUCUCAUCAGAUAAAAUUGACGAGAUGUAUGAUAUUUUUGGUGAUGGACAUGACUAUGAUUGGGCACUGGAAAUCGAAAACGAAGAACUGGAUCAAGGCACUUUGGAUGAAACAGCCGCAGACGAAAACGAAGAAAGCGAUGAACUUGGUGCGACAAAGGCCUCCAAAAAGAAAAUCACGCUACAGGACAUUUAUGAUUUACAAGAUUUAAAGAGAAAUUUAAUGACCGAGGAAGAUAUGGUUAUAAGAAGGACUGAUAUUCCUGAAAGAUUUCAAGAGUUGAGGGCCGGUCUAUCUCAGUACAUUGAAUUAUCGGAGGAAGAUCAAGAACUGGAAAAGAAUUGGAUUAGCGAUAAAAUCUCUAUCGAUAAGAACUUUGAUCUUUCAUACGAUCUCACAGAAUUCAAAGAAUGCGUAAGCAAUGCGAUUAAGUUCAUAGCUCAUGAGAAUUUAGAGGUCCCUUUCAUCUAUGCUUAUCGUCGUAAUUACAUAUCUUCAAAAGACAAAGAUGGGUUCGUAUUAAACGAAGAUGAUUUAUGGGAAAUUGUUGGUUUAGAUAUUGAAUUUCACAGUAUCAUAGAUAAAAGAGAAUAUGUGAAAAGCUUCUAUCAAGAAUUGAAUGUCACAGAUCCUAUCGUUGAUGAAUAUUUCAGAAAUCAGAGUAAUGCAUCCACAGCUGAACUCAAUUCGUUGCAAGAUAUUUAUAAUUUUCUCGAAUUCAAGUAUGCUCAUGAGAUUAAUGAUAUGUUGUUGAGACAUUCAGGCAAAAAGCACUUGAAAAAUUCAAGUUAUGAAAAGUUCAAAUCAAGUGCGCUCUAUCAAGCAAUUAAUGACGUUGGUAUUACCGCAGAUCAAGUUGGUGAAAAUAUCAGUACACAACACCAAAUCCAUACUCCAGUCGACCACCCCACUUUGAAGCCUCAAGAGGCAGUAGAAUCCAUUUUAAAUGCUAAUAGUGCUGAUCUUCAAGUCUUCACCUCCAAUACAAAAUUAGCGUUAGAUACUGUGAAAAAAUACUACGCUCUGGAACUUUCAGAGAACACAAAAAUCAGGGAAAAGGUCAGGACUGAUUUUUACAAAUACUAUCUCGCCGAUGUAGUCUUAACUUCAAAGGGUAAAAGAGAAAUACAGAGGGGAUCAAUUUAUGAGGAUAUUAAAUAUGCCAUCAACAGGACUCCAAUGCAUUUCCGGAGAGAGCCAGACGUCUUUUUACGUAUGCUGGAAGCCGAGGCGCUCAAUUUACUAACAGUCAGACUUCAUAUGUCCUCGCAGGCUCAGUAUGUUGAUCAUAUGUUCCAGGUUGCUCUGGAAACUACAAACACUUCUCUUUCAGCAACAGAAUGGAAUAGUUUUCGUAGAUCUGCUUUUGGUCAGGCAAUGGAUAAGAUAUUUGCCGACAUUUCUCGUGAAAUUAAGGAUGAUUUGUCCAAAAAAUGUGAAAAGUUGGUAUCAAAGACAAUCCGCCAUAAAUUCAUGACAAAACUGGACCAGGCUCCUUUUAUUCCUAAUCCAAAGGAUCCAAAAAUUCCAAAAGUUUUGACUUUGACUUGUGGCCAAGGUAGGUUUGGUUCAGAUGCCAUCAUUGCUGUAUACUUGAACCGUAAAAGUGAUUUUGUGAAGGAUUUCAAAAUAGUGGAUAACCCAUUCGACCGUGGCAAUCCUGAGAAGUUUGAAGAAACGUUGGAUGAUAUAAUUCAGAGUUGUCAACCUAAUGCCAUUGGUAUCAAUGGUCCAAAUCCUAAGACUCAAAAGUUUUACAAGCGAGUUCAGGAAGUUCUGCAUAAGAAACAAAUUGUUGAUAGCAGAGGGCAUACGAUUCCUCUCAUCUAUGUAGAAGACGAAGUUGCAAUUCGUUAUCAAAAUUCAGAUCGGGCUGCCCAGGAAUUUCCAAAUAAACCUCCAUUGGUAAAAUAUUGUAUUGCCUUAGCACGUUAUAUGCAUUCGCCUUUAUUGGAGUAUGGGAACUUAUCUGAGGAAGAAUUAACAUCCUUGGCUAUUCAUCCACAUCAAUCGCUGCUUCCGCGUGAGAAGCUUGUCAAAGCUUUGGAAACUGCAUUUGUCGAUAUUGUCAAUUUGGUUGGUGUAGAGGCUAACAAAGCUACAGAUAACAGCUAUUAUGCCAGUGUUUUAAAAUACAUUGCAGGAUUUGGGAAACGUAAAGCUAUUGAUUUUCUAGAGUCUCUGCAAAGAUUAAACGAACCUUUACUUGCCCGCCAGCAACUCAUAACUCACAAUAUUUUACACAAGACUAUAUUCAUGAAUUCUGCAGGGUUUCUGUAUAUAUCUUGGAAUGAAAAGAAGCAGAGAUACGAAGAUUUAGAACACGACCAAUUAGAUAGCACCAGAAUCCAUCCCGAAGACUACCAUUUAGCUACUAAGGUGGCUGCCGAUGCCCUGGAAUACGAUCCCGAUGCUAUUGCUGAGAAGGAGGAACAGGGAACCAUGAGCGAAUUUAUCGAGAUCCUGAGGGAGGACCCAGAUCGAAGAUCUAAACUAGAAUCUCUAAAUCUCGAUUCUUAUGCGGAGGAGCUGGAAAAAAACACUGGUCAAAAGAAACUAAACAAUUUAAAUACGAUUGUUUUAGAGCUCCUGGAAGGGUUUGAAGAAUUGAGAAAUGAUUUCCAUCCAUUACAUGGUGAAGAAAUAUUUCAGAGUCUGACCGGCGAGAACGAAAAGACAUUCUUUAAAGGUGCAAUUGUUCCUGUUAGAAUCGAAAGAUUCAGACAUAAUGACAUACUAUGCCUAACGAAUUCCCAGGUUGACUGUAUAGUGAACGCACAAAGACAUGCUGGUGUUCAAUACAAAAGGCCUCCGAGCGAACUAUAUGAGAUCGGUAAAACAUACAGAUCUAAGAUUAUUUUUAUUGACUAUGAAAAUAUCACGGCAGAAGUGUCUCUUUUGGAACAUGAUAUCAAACAUCAAUACGUACCAAUCACAUUUAGUAAAGAUCCAUCGAUAUGGGAUUUGAAGCAAGAAUUGGAGGACUCAGAAGAGGAGAAAAAGAUCACUAUGGCAGAAGCUCGUGCUAAAAGAACUCAUCGUGUUAUUAAUCAUCCUUACUACGUGCCAUUCAAUGGCAAGCAGGCAGAAGAUUACCUGAGAAGUAAGGAACGUGGUGAUUUUGUCAUCAGACAGUCUAGCAGAGGUGAUGAUCAUUUGGUUAUUUCUUGGAAAUUGGAUAAAGACUUAUUUCAACACAUAGAUAUUCUGGAACUAGAGAAGGAGAAUCCCCUUGCAUUAGGAAAGAUAUUAGUUGUGGAAGGUCAAAAAUACCACGAUUUAGAUCAAGUUAUUGUUGAAUGCUUGCAAAACAAAGUUAGACUCCUGAAUGAAAUCACAUCCAAUGAAAAAUUCAAAAGCGGUAAUAAAAAAGAUGUCGUGAAGUUUAUUGAAGAUUAUUCCAAGGUCAAUCCAAACAAAUCAGUUUACUAUCUUUCCUUUAACUAUAAUAAUCCAGGUUGGUUUUAUCUAAUGUUUAAAGUUAACGCACAGAGUCCUCUAUACACUUGGAAUGUCAAAUUGACGCAUACCGGGUUUUUCCUUGUGAACUAUAAUUACCCAAGUGUCAUCCAAUUGUGCAAUGGUUUCAAAACAUUACUGAGAUCAAGUACGAAUAGAAAUAAAACUGCUACCUAUCAUUAG